AUGGCUUCUUCCUCUCAUUUUCAUUACCACCAAGACGAUCACCAACCUGAUAAUGAAGAUAUAUUCGAAGACUUAUUUGAAGACAUUGACGAAUUUCUAGAAGAAAAUGAGCGUGUACCACGUAAUUUUAUUGACAGACAUCGGGAGGAAGGUCAAGAUUUGCUAUGGAAUGAUUAUUUUAGCGAUACUCCAACCUACCCGCACAAUGUCUUCCGGCGACGGUUUCGAAUGAACCGGACAUUAUUCAUGCGUAUUGUGCAGCGUCUCUCCACUGAAGUACGGCAUUUUCAAGAAAGAGUAGAUGCAACCGGGCGGUCUAGUCUUACUGCACUCCAAAAAUGUACCGCAACAAUUCGUCAAUUGGCUUAUGGUGUUGGAUCUGAUGCAGUGGACGAAUAUGUCCGAAUGGGUGAAACAACUGCUCGAGGAUGUUUGCACAAUUUUGCCGCGGGAAUAAUCAGCUUGUUUGGCAAUGAAUACCUAAGACGUCCCACACCGGAAGAUCUGCAGAGACUACUAUACUUUGGGGAGCAACGUGGGUUCCCAGGGAUGAUUGGAAGCAUCGACUGUAUGCAUUGGGAGUGGAAGAAUUGCCCCACUGCUUGGAAAGGAAUGUAUUCACGAGGAACCGGAAAACCAACGAUUGUCUUAGAGGCGGUGGCAUCAUAUGACCUCUGGAUAUGUCACUCCUUCUUUGGAGCUCCAGGUACUAUGAACGAUCUUAAUAUUCUCGAUCGAUCACCCGUUUUUGAUGACGAUAUUACCGGAAUAGCACCACAAGUUAACUUCUAUGUCAACAAUCAUCCGUACAACUUGGCUUAUUAUCUCACGGAUGGUAUUUAUCCGAAAUGGGCUACAUUUAUUCAAUCUAUCCGACUACCACAAACUCAGAAGCAUUCUGUAUUUGCUCAAACCCAAGAAGGUGUGCGAAAAGAUGUCGAGCGUGCCUUCGGAGUCCUACAAGCUAGGUUUGCCAUUGUUAAAAAUCCAUCUAACAUAUGGGAUAAACGAAAAAUAGGUAAUAUUAUGAGAGCUUGUGUCAUACUUCAUAAUAUGAUUGUCGAGGAUGAACGAUCGUCAAGAACUCAGUACAACAUUGCUGAAUUUCGAGAAAGAGAAGAGGCGGAUACCUUUACCGUCAAUAAUCCGUCACCUCUCGGCACUCCACUUGAACGUCGGACAAACCUUCAGAAUCUAGAAACCCAUCAACGUUUAAAAAAUGAUUUGAUUGAAAAUAUAUGGAAUAAAUUUGGACAUCUUCCAAAUAACAUAUAG